UAAUUUUGCUUUUUUUUAAUUUAAUAUUGAAUAUAAUAAUGUUCAUAAUAAACACCAUAAUAUUGCAAUAAAUUAUCAACUUUUUGUUGAUGAUGUCAGCUUCUCCUUUGCUGGAAAUAAAAAACAACGGUUGUAUAUGAAUAAAAUAGAGAUAAAUAAGAAUCCCUAAAGAAAUCCCAACACGGCAAAAUUGAAAAUGUUGCACGCUCAGUUUGAUUAAGCCUGGUCAUGGACGGUACUGUCAAUUGCAAAUUACCGUCCACGCCCCCUAUCAGCGACUUAAGCAGAAUUCGACAUUUUAUAUGAACUGGUAAAAUUAAGAAUUUUAAAACAUCCGCAGAUGUGUUCAUAUGGCGGUUAUUUAUUCAAUUUAAUAUUCAUUAAGUUGUAAUCUCUUUUGCCGUCAUCUAAUAAGAAAAUUGAACAACGAUUCUGUUUUGUAUCAAACCAAGAAUAUAAUUGGAUUAUUCAUUUGAAAUAACUACAUGUAUAAAAUACUGUUAAACAUGAGAGACUAUAGCUACUCAAACGAUGAACAUACAUGCUAGUAUGAUGCUACAUGGCUUAUGUCUCGAAUUCUUUAUUAUUUUAUUCUACUUAAAAAGUAAAACAGAGUGACAUCACAAAUCAUUCUCAGUCAUUCACCACUGAAGAAAAUGAUAUAUAUUUUAGUAAUUUACAAUGAAUCGCUCUAUAUUGUCCGAGUCAUUGAAAAAGCAUUUGAUUUUCAGAAAAUUUCACUUGUCCAGCAAAUACAGUCAAAUGUCCAGGAAGUUAUUGUAUUGAACAACGAUUUCUUUGUGACGGACAAAAUGAAUGUCCUGGAGGAGAAGAUGAACAGGACUGUACUUGUGAAGACUCGGAUAGAGAAGUAAUCAUAUUUGUGGAAAAUGAUGACUCUGAGAGCAGAGAAGCAGCAACGCAUUUAGCUAAACAAUUUUUCGCAAACAGUAACAAUAACAUCGUAAGAUUGUUUUAUUUUAAGAUUCUGCAUAGAGAAAUGAAGUUUGACAUAGAUUACAGGCUAUUGGAAAUAAACAUAGAGCGUGUUAACGGAGAACAGAAAACUAAGAAGACUGGAUGCGAUUUUAAAACCAUGGCGAGAGACGUUCUUAAAAAACUGCAGUUUUCCAAGCCAGAAAAAAGAGCAAUUAUUGUUUUGGAAAACAGUAUUGAAUCAUCAGUUGUCGCUAGCUUAGCAUUGUCCAAUAUUUCAGAGCCAGCGUUUUCAAUCUAUCGGUUGAUAAAAGAUUUUAGUUCUUCACUUUACAAAGAUAACAGAUACAAAUUUGUUAAAGAUAUACACAUCAGCAAAUGGAGUUCUCUUUUUUCGAUUGGAUUCAGACGAUUUCCUGAAAUAUGUACAGAGGCUACAAUCGUACCAUGUGCUGGGAAGUACAGAUGUUUGUCUAGUAAGCAAUGUAUACCAUUUGAACAAGUAUGUGAUGAUGUCAUUCAUUGCAAAAAUGGUGAUGAUGAACGACUUUGUAAUUCUGUAUGUCCAGAGAAAUGUAAUUGUACCGGUGAUGUUAUCAAUUGUAAGGCAACCAAUAUAUCAAUGUCUGAUAUUUUAUCAUGGAGUGUACAGGCUAGAAGUCUUGAUCUAAGUAUAAAUCCACAAGUAAAGGAAAUACCUAAACACAAUUUAAAAUUUCCUUACAUGUUACGACUAAAUAUUUCAUCAUGUAGUAUUCAUUAUAUUGAUGAAAGGGCUUUCUUUGACUUGAAAAAUUUGUUAUCGUUAGAUCUAAGCAACAAUAAAAUACAGCGAUUACCUAAUCUUGUAUUUAGCAAGCUUCGAUAUCUUACCUAUUUGAAUCUGGACAGAAAUAUAGAAUUAACAAUAAUUUCAUCGACCGCUUUUAAAGGUUUGAAAUCAGUACGAAACUUAAAAAUUUCCGGCACAAAACUGAAAAAGAUUAGUUCACUUACAUUCUCUGGCUUGCAGUUGGACAGUAUCGACAUUUCUUACAACAGAAUUGAGGAAAUUGAAGAUUUUGCCUUUAACAAUACGCUAGUUCAUAAAAUUAACUUUGAAGGCAAUAAAGUUGUAAAAUUCGGAGAAUUUAUGUUUAAUGGCGUAAAAUCACUUCGGGAGCUUCAUACACCUGCAUUUAAAUUCUGCUGUAUCCGACCUUAUUAUGUUCCUGAAGAAGAUUGCAAACCAUCGAAGAAUGAAUUUUCUUCAUGUGAAGACCUGAUGAGAAAUUGUGUACUUCAAGCUGUCCUUUGGAUAGUUGGGCUAGCUUCAUUGCUCGGGAACCUAUCGUCAAUUAUCUACCGUCUAGUGUACGAUCGUGAAAGGCUUAAAAUAGGAUAUGGCAUAUUUGUAACAAACCUAGCAGUUGCAGAUUUCCUGAUGGGUGUUUACCUCAUCAUGAUAGCAGUUGCUGAUUCACUCUAUAGAAACAGAUAUAUAUUUGUGGACGAUCAAUGGAGAAACAGUAAUUGGUGUAUUACUGCCGGAGUUUUAUCUACAAUUUCAUCUGAAGCCAGUGUCCUCUUUCUCUGUUUGAUAACAUUAGAUAGACUUUUAGUGAUCAAGUUUUCCGUUUGCACAGUGAGGUUUGGACCUAUGAAAGCCUAUAUCUCUUGUGGAUUGUGUGUGAUGGGUAUUUUAGCCUUGAACGGAUUUCCGAUUCCAAGUGAUGUUUAUGCAUGGUCAGUCGUUUUCAUUUUACCAAUAAAUUCUGCUCUUAACCCGUUCUUGUAUACAGUGACAGCAAUAAUCGGGAAGAAGAGUUUCAAUCCAAGUCUUGAUGAGCAGAGUCGAACAGCGGUCCAGAAAGAAAUUGGCACCGCCAUUUUAGAAUAUCAGAAAUUUAGCAGAUCUGUGCGGAUGAUAAGUGAACUUGUACCAGUCGGGACGAAACGUAGUAUUCAAGAAAUUCUUGAUGAUGACAGUUGCUUGUCAGUCAAUGUUGUUGCGGCUCUGUGCAAAGAACUUGCCGAUUAUCUACGUCUGUUGCAUGAGAAUUAUAUUGCUAUAGAUCAGAUAUGUGAGAAAAACAUUUACAUUCAAGUGUAUAAAACAAAGGUACACAAACCAAUUGUUGUAAUCGAUGCCAAAGCGACGCUAGCUGCCGAUGAAAGAGCUCUACAGGAAAAUAUCCGCCAAUUUGGUAGCAUUCUCCGAAAACUUAUUUUAAAAUGUGAAAAGGGUUUUUAA